AUGUGUGAGGAAUUUGGAGACCUUCUGAAGAGUCGGAUACUGAAACAUGUUGGUGAUUUGGUAGCUGUGGCUUCAUUGACAGAUGAAGCUAGGUGUAUGGAUCUUGCAGAUCGCUAUGUGGCUUUGGCAGGAAAAACUGCUGUUUUGUUCACGAAAGAUGGGGGCCAGCACAACAACCUUCAUGACAUGCAGUGCAUGUGGUAUGAACUUGCUUCUGAUGAAAGUUACUUUCGACAUGGUGAUUUUGGACGGGCCCUAGAGAAAUUUAUAGCUGUGGAGAAGCACUAUGCUGAUAUUACUGAAGAUCAAUUUGAUUUCCAUUCUUAUUGUUUGCGGAAAAUGGCACCACGUGCAUAUGUUGGAAAGCUAAAAUUGAAAGAUUGGUUGCAUUCACAUGCUUAUUUUCACAAAGUAGCAGCUGGAGCCAUUAGGUGA